AUGACAUCGUAUACACCAACAGCACAUCAAGGCCAUAAUGAGGACGGUCAUCAUCACAAUAUCUAUAUACGACGCGGAUCCGGAGAUGUUGAAUUCGGCGUGCCGAUUUCAUCUUUCAGACGGACUGAACACACUCUAAUGAAUACUUUUCGAGAACGUUUAAAUUUACGCACAUGUUGUGAAUCAUCAUUGAAUACAUCCACUUGUGAUAAUGAAAUGCUUGAUGAAGAUCUUGGACAUCCGCCAGCUACACAUGACACACCACCCGGAGCUCAUAUGGGUUCAUUGCAAUCAGAUUCACUACUCAGUUCAGCGUUUCGAUCAAGAUCUCGUUCAGAUGCGGCAAACGCUCCACUAUUUUGCCGUCAGAAUGUGGGGACAAUAGUACUAUUUCCAAAUAGAUUAGAAAAACAAUCAAAAAGGCAUAAUCUUCGUGUUCGCGCUGAGAGACAUAGCGUAUGUGUAACAGAUUUACCAGAAUUGAAAAACUGCGGUUCGCCAAUGCCAUCGAAUCAUCUGUUUGUUGAUGCGAAACUUGCAAAUGCUGCAAUCGCAAGUGCUCACUGUCAUCGACCACCAACUGCAGUCGAAAUGAGGUCAAGCAUGUGGAAUCUACCGUGUCAGUUCAGUCCUCUUCAACUAGAGGUCGAUAGAAAUGACACAUUUGAAAGGCAUCAAUCUUCUCCCAUAUAUACUGACCAGGAACAUGGAAUUUUUAAUACCAACACAUUACAAACUGCUCGGCGUGUCGGUUCGGAACCAACAUCACCAUUCAGUAACUAUGCAAUUCUUAUUAAAGAGGAAUGGUUUUCUACAUCUCUCAGUGAUUUGUCUGUUGACACUGUAUUCAGGAAUCUCAUUUACAGUCCAUUUGCAAUUGCUCGAACCAGCUCUGAAUAUUUCUGUAGCAUGAUCGCUUUGUUGCAUUAG